AUUCUGUGCGCACUCUCUGUACGACUCUCUGCUGUGUCUCUUUCAUAGGGCUUUCAUUGAGUGCAUUGAAUGAGUGAAUCAUUUUUGUUGAACACAUUUAUUGUGUAUUGAAUACAGCAUUGAAUCCGACGUUCACUUCAUUUGUCGUCACCUUUUCUUUCAAUCAAAGCCAUCGCUCGCAAGAAAUCACAUAAUUGUCUGCAAUUAUGCCAACGGCUAACAAAGACACGAAGACCUCCACCACUGCCCAAGCGGCUCAAGAGGAGCCCCAGAAGUUGGUCCAGAAUUUGGUCGACAAGAAGAUCAGAAAUCUGGAGAAGAGAAAGGCGCGACUCCAAGAGCUCCGGGAGAUGCAGGAGAAGGGACAGGAACUCGAACCCGAACAGCAAUUGGCCGUCAAGAAGUUGGAUCAGGUCCAGGAGAUCAUCGACCACAUGAAGGACCUCAACAAAUCAAUAUCUGAGGUCUUGGUUGAGAAUACGAAACAACAGAAAAAGUUAGCGAAGAAAGAGAUGUUAGAGAAAUCAAUUGAAAGACAACAGCAAGAAGUGGAACGACUCAAGAAUAUCGUCAAAUUCCAAGACAUUCUCUCGAGGUUUGAGACUAAAGUGAGACGAGAUUUCGCCAAAGGAACCAAUGGAGCGAUCAAAUUAUCUGACGACCAAUUGUCUCAAUUGGAUAAACUCUACGCCGAGGUCUGCGAAGUGAGCGACAGUAAGAUCGACACAAUAGUCGAAAAGUUGAUCUCAUUGUCUGACGGCAAGUCGAGAGAGGCGUGGAGUGGAGUGAGUUAUCAUCAGCUGAAGGAACUCUUAACGAAUAUCAUUGCCUCGAAAUACUUCGAGACCAAAGAAACAGUGAUCCCGACGCCAACCGCCACUACCAUUACGACCAAAACCACAACCGAUGAUCUGAACGCCAACACCAAUACACAAAUAAGUUCCAAUCAAUUCCACAUAAAUGACUUCAACCCGAGUUUAACGCAAAUUCAGAGUCAAUUCGCUUCUGGUAUUAGUUUUAUGAACCCGUUAGUAGAGAAAGACCCGGCGGUGUUAGCCGUGUCCGGUGACAGCAACUACCCGUACCCGCCGUACAACUCCAUCAAUAGUAACGCUAUUCCCGACUCAAACAAUGCUAUUCCUACGCAGACCUUCACUAACCAAAAGUUCGCCCCAAUCAUGACGAGCGCCGGCGGCCAUCAACCCGCUGGCCAUGUCUUCCCUCCCGCGUCGGUCGCUGUGCCCAUUGCGGCACUCAUUCAGCCCGAUAUGGUCUCAGGUAUGACACCAGACAUGACUUUCGUGAAUCAGCAAACCUUUAUGAACGCUGCGGACAAACACCAGAACACUAGUCAAGACAGACAUAAUAACUUCAAUUCUGAUGACAAUUACAAGAAUAAUAGAAACCGCGGAAACCGAUCCGAAAACCCCAGGAAACCAACCAAUGGAUACGGCAAUAGAGAGGGAAAUAGAGGCCGCAAUACAAGCAAAGAGGAAUCGUUGGCAGAGAAGAGGCGACAGAUUGAGGCGAAUCCGUGUCACUCGGAACACAUGAAAUCNUAUCGAUAUGUGUGUUGUCUGUAA